AUGGAUCAAUUCAGUAAUAUUUCACCUAAUCUCCCGUUACCAGCAACACAAAAGAAAUAUGUAACGCAUCGAAGGACAGUAGAUGUCAGCUCCCCCUUUACCAGACUCUAUUUCUAUAGGAAACAUGGACUCUCGACAACUCCAGUCAUAGAACCAGAAACGUCAUAUUCAGCAGAUAUUUUACCACCAGAUACAUAUAAGGGACAUAGUAAUCAUCGAAUCAUUAACCUGGCUUGCAAAUUCACACAUUUAAGUUCCAAUAAAGUAAAACACGUUAUUCCUGCUAUUACAUGGACACCAGAGGGAAGGCGACUUGUUGUUGCUACGUACAAUGGUGAAUUCUCAUUAUGGAAUGGGACAUCUUUCAAUUUUGAAAGUUUAAUGCAAGCUCAUGAUUCAGCGGUUAGUUGUAUACAGUAUAGUCAUGCUGGGGAUUGGAUGUGUAGUGGAGAUGCCGAUGGAGGUAUUAAAAUAUGGCAGCCAAAUUUUAACAUGGUCAAAGAAUUUGAAAACGCUCACACAGAAUGUAUUAGAGAUAUUUCAUUUAGUAAUAAUGAUUCUAAAUUUGUUACAUGUUCGGAUGAUAAUGUUUUGAAGAUUUGGAAUUUCAGUAACGGACAGGUGGAGAGGACGUUAUCUGGUCACCAUUGGGAUAUUAAGAGUUGUGAUUGGCAUCCUGAGAUGGGAUUAAUUGUCUCUGCUUCUAAAGAUAACCUGGUUAAGUUAUGGGAUCCAAGAUCUGGGCAAUGUAUUUCAACGAUUAUCAAGUUUAAACAUACAGUACUAAAAACAAGAUUUCAACCAACGAGAGGUAACUUACUGGCAGCCAUAUCUAAAGAUAAAUCGUGUAGAGUAUUUGAUAUAAGGCACUCAAUGAAAGAACUUAUGUGUGUAAGAGAUGAAGUAGAUUAUAUGACUUUAACAUGGAACCCAAUUAAUGAAUCGAUGUUCACGGUGGGGAACUAUGACGGUGCGAUGAAAUAUUUUGAUUUGCUACAGGACCUUGAGGGACCAUCUCACGUGAUACCGUAUGCUCACGACAAAUGUGUCACAUCGAUGGCAUAUAAUCCUGCAGGGAAUAUAUUGGCAAGCGCCUCGAAGGAUAGAACAAUUCGAUUUUGGACAAGAGCUAAACCUGUGGAUCCAAAUGCAUAUGAUGAUCCAACAUAUAAUAAUGAGAAAGUCAAUGGUUGGUUUUUCGGGAUUAAUAAUAAUAUUAACGCUGUAAGAGAGAAAACUGAGCAUGGUGCAGCACCACCUGUUCUAAAUUCCACGGAUAUUCCAUCUAAUUUAACCACCACUUCUUCCUCAACAAAUACCGGUGAUUUCAGUUUACCUGGCCUGACAUCCACCACCAAAACUGGAGCCCUCCCGGGAUUGGGUUAA